UAGUUUAUCCUCGUCUUCUGCUCUGUUUGCACAAAAGUUACUCUACAAAUUGUAAAGCAGCAGGUUGGACGCACUUAAGGGCGAUGACUUUGCCUUAGUAGGACCCCUCCCCUGGUUGGAGAUACAGUCGCUGUGUUGUUUUCUCCUUCGAUCCGGAAACAAAAGGCUCCGUCGGCGGUGGACGUCCAUCCCCGGAGGCUGGAAACAGAGGAGAGCUGGAAGGUGACGGCGCAAGGAAAGCUGGAAGACUGCAGAAUGCUGGAGGUGUAUGAGGAAGAAGGUCACUGAAGAUUUGCCGACGUAUUGCAAAGGGGGAAAUCAGCACAAAGAAUUGACUUCCUACAGAUUUCCUACAGUGUAAUUUUUUUUAAAAGGUGUUCCCGGGAGCUCGUAGACAGAGAGGACAAGAGAGCGUUCCCACCAGUAAGGUCUCCGCAGAUUGACAGACCCCAGCAAGAUGGAGGCCCCAGAUGAGAAGACGGACACUUUGGAUGAUGAGAGUAAUCUAGAGGGUGAAGAUUUCUUCAGUCGGCUCACAGAUGAAGAGAAGGAGUGUCUGCAAUAUCUGCUGGAGACCAUUGAUUCAUUAGACCAGGACGAGGACGAAAACGCAAAUAACGACCCAGAUGAGCAGUUGAGGGAUUCAACAGGACUUCAAGAUGUCGAUAGAAGUCGGAAAGGUUUGACAGAAGGUGUAAAGCAAUUGGACAAAAAGGAGCAUGAACCAAAGUUGUCUAAGAUGAAGAUUGUCAAAUCCUUCUCCGAGGACGGUCCAGGGUUAUCCAUCACCGUCACUCCGGACACAGGACAGAAGACCACCGGCUCUCAUCCAAGCCAUCUGAGGAAGUUUGACACCAUCAUGAGGUCAGGUGUCAAUGUCCAGCAGCUAAGAGCUCGAUUCAUUCAUCAACAAAGCAACUGUUCUUCCGAAGAUGCUUCCAAGGGAACAGAACUUUCUUUGGCUUCUAAACAACUUCCCCAGGUCACACAUAACCAGAUGUCUCCUAGACAAGAAGCUUUACAAAAAUUGGGUUUGCUGAAAAUUAAUCAAAGCGACACAAACACCCCUGAAGAGCUUCAUGGUAUGGAUCAGGGCACAGCUGUAAAGAACUAUGAGAUAAACCACUCAAGAGUAGGGUCCAACGAACCUCUGUCUUUUGAAAGGAAACCAGGGGCUUUUGAAAAAGUUUGGCCGCCCUAGUCCUUGUUGGUAUCUACUUUUUUAAUGAAGACUUGCCAUAGGUUGUACAGUAUAUUCACCAGUAUGGAGAUUACAGAUGAAUUUUAUAUCAGUUUUAAUGAUGUUUUGGAAGAAAUACUGGUACAGAAAUGUUGGUUACCUGGAGUCACCUUCACUUUUGCAUGACCAUUACAGUCUAGGUUGUGGCAGCCGCAUAAUGACAGUUAAUUUGCAUUUGGGCUAGCAGAGCACUCCCAAUGACCCACAAGCACUUAUGGGGUCAUUUAUUAAGACUGGGUUUUAGAUGCCAGUCUUAAUACCCUUUUAUCUGGCGAUGAAUGGAGAGCACUCCGCACAUGCACGAUGUGCUCUCCUUCACUUUUUUGGGCCCCGUUCUGGAGAUAGGAGCAGAUCCCAGGGGUGAGACCAAUGCCACCAACAGAUAGGAGCAGAUCCCAGGGGUGAGACCAAUGCCA